AUGGCUAAGCUGUCCGAUCGCCGCACUUCACCGGCAGCAGCACACUUUGUGCUCGGAAGCCUCAGGCUCCGCCUUGCCGGCUGGUUAAUUUGUGGUUUGAUAUAUCAAAAUUUGGCAAAGAGAUUCUUCCUUUUUGAACAGAAGUGGGUUCUUCCCACCGUGGAUGACGCCAGUGACCCCGAGCAGCCGAAUCCUUACCAUCAAAACCUCGCAAAGGCCAAGCUUCGAGCAUAUCUACCAAGAACAAGAACAGCGCUGCCUCCAGCGACAGAGGGGAAAUCUCCAAACGAUUACUCCGUUCAGCAUCAAGCGUUUGCAAGAUUCCUCAUCAGCCAUGCAAUGCAGUCUGGGUCGUGA